AUGAAACUUAAAGUAAUACAACCCGCUUGUGCAGCGUUUUUUGUCAUAACGUUGGUUUCCUGCGUUAUGGCCGACGAUAAACGCACCAUAGACGUUCUGGGGAAAAUCAAAUCGGGUUUCCAAAUGGCGGGGAAGUUGUUGGGGCUGGAACAGGCUAAAGGGGUGGCAAAUUUGGUCAGUCAAGCUUUCGGAAAAAAUAAUAGGAAGGAUGAGAAGGGGAACAAUGGAGGAAAUGUGUUUUCUGGGUUUUUAAGAGUUUUGGGUUUUGAUGCCAAAAGAAUCAGCGCUAUUGCUAUUAAUGCUAUUAUUUUUGUUGCACAGAUGAUAAGUUCAUCCUUAAAACUGACAUCUCCCUCCGAACUGACGCAAGCGAGGUACUCCCCGGGCACGCCAUUCGAUUGGCUGCUGGGAAACUCCAGGGUGGCCAACUUGCUAACAUACACCAACGACAAAAACCUCCCGAAUCAAGUGAUCGAGUACCUGAAAGAAAACUCUUUGGACGAGGAGACGGGAUGCCUGCAACUCUUGGUGUGCAAGGGUUCGCCCUUCAUUUGGAACAUGCAGAAGGCUUUGAAAAAUAGCGGAAACGAAACCGUGCCUAAGGGGCCCAAAGCGAUGUUUGCUCAUUUGCCCUCUAUUGAAGAGGUGGCCGAUUAUGGCGAUCGGUGUGAACGAAGGCAUCCCUAUUGUAAAUUUGACGUAUUGUAG